GAAAUGGCCAGGAGAUGUCAGUGCGGCAUACUUAAUAAAGGAGUGAGGCCACAUGUUACGAUAUGAGAGAAUUUAUGAAGGAAAAUAGGAUUAUAUAUCAAAAUAUUCCAGAAAUAUAUGCCUCAGCUAAAUGGUGUAGCAGAGAGAAAAGAUCCCUCGCUACUGGAAACUAUAGAACCAGCUGCCAGCAAAAGUUUUAGUUUGUUGCUUGGUAGACUAUUUAUGUUGUGUAUAGCUGUGAAGAAAGAAGGUUGUGUUUUAUAAGAGACAGUGGAGAACUUUCUGUCCCAGAGGAAAACCGCUCGGAGCUGCAAGCUUGUAUUAUUUAUUGUUUUUGGCGUGCAGAAAGAAGAAAGGGGUGCAGACAGAAAAAAGGACAGAAGAAAGGGGCAGACAGAAGAAAGGGCUAACAAGGGGUGCUCCGGGAUAAUGGCUGAAUCAUUUAUCUUUUUGGAGAAACGUUUAUAACGACCUCAAUGCUUAAAAGACUUCCUAAAGAAACAUCAUAUUUAUUUCUUAAAAGCAUAAGUCACGAGGCAAAAGUACCAACCCUGAGAGUUCUGGAAGAAAGAAGAAAGGGGUGCAGACAGAAAAAAGGACAGAAGAAAGGGGCAGACAGAAGAAAGGGCUAACAAGGGGUGCUCCGGGAUAAUGGCUGAAUCAUUUAUCUUUUUGGAGAAACGUUUAUAACGACCUCAAUGCUUAAAAGACUUCCUAAAGAAACAUCAUAUUUAUUUCUUAAAAGCAUAAGUCACGAGGCAAAAGUACCAACCCUGAGAGUUCUGGAAGAAAGAAGAAAGGGGUGCAGACAGAAAAAAGGACAGAAGAAAGGGGCAGACAGAAGAAAGGGCUAACAAGGGGUGCUCCGGGAUAAUGGCUGAAUCAUUUAUCUUUUUGGAGAAACGUUUAUAACGACCUCAAUGCUUAAAAGACUUCCUAAAGAAACAUCAUAUUUAUUUCUUAAAAGCAUAAGUCACGAGGCAAAAGUACCAACCCUGAGAGUUCUGGAAGCAGGAGCUAUCAGCAUCACAUCCCUCCAGUGGCUAUUGUUGGUGUCUCCCAUGUGUUUCAAAAACUCUCAUUCUGGUUUUGGUGAAAGCUUGAAACUCUACAUUGCACAGACCAUGUGCAAGGUGACCAUCUCUAAGCCGAAAUUAAGCAGGACAGUCGCAAAGCAUAAACUCUGGGUGUUGUUUAUCAUUAUCUUUAAGUUCAUGUGCAUCUUGGUCUACUGGAGAGUCACAAGGGAUGCUGAAGAAAAGGGUGGGCAUUACAGUCUGUCUAUAGAGGUUAAGUGUACUCUCCCUCCCUCCACUCAUAAAUUUAGCUGGCCUUCUCAGUUGCCCAAAAACAUAUACUUUGUGGAGACAUCAGAACGAACCAAUCCUAAUUUUCUUUUUAUGUGCUCUGUUGAAUCAGCUGCCAGGGCUCACCCAGAGUCCAGAAUCAUUGUCCUUAUGAAGGGCUUAACAAACCAUAAUGCCACUUUGCCAAAAUACAUGGGUAUCUCCUUGCUCAGCUGUUUCUCCAACAUUGAAAUCAAAACUUUGGAUAUGAGCGACCUUUUCUCUGACACUCCACUGGCUGACUGGUAUUCACAGGCCCAACAGAGGUGGGAACCAUAUUUCUUGCCCAUCCUUUCUGAUGCUUGCCGAAUAGCCAUCAUGUGGAAAUUUGGUGGCAUUUACUUAGACACAGACUUCAUUGUCCUUAAGAAAUUAAAUAACCUCACCAAUAUGCUUGGCACUCAAUCCACAUAUUUAUUGAAUGGGGCCUUCCUCUCUUUUGAGCCAAAACACAAGUUUAUAGAACUGUGUAUGCAUGAUUAUGUGGCUAAUUACAACCGCUGGAUCUGGGGACACCAGGGCCCACAGCUCUUCACCCGUAAUUUCAAGAAGUGGUGUUCCAGCCAGAGCCUCAAGACCAGCAAAAGCUGUCAAGGUGUCACCACUCUCCCACAAGAAGCCUUCUAUCCCAUUCGCUGGCAGGACUGGAGAAAAUAUUUUGAAGUAGUCAAUGCUUCUGAGCUUCAUAAGCUGCUUAAAAACACCUAUGCAGUUCAUGUCUGGAAUAAGAAAAGUCAAGGGACACAAUUUCAAAUCACUUCUAAAACUUUACUAGCUCAACUUCAUUCCUACUACUGUCCUUCUACAUUCAGACUAAUGAAAAUUUAUCUCUAAAGGAAAUGACCUGUCAACUACCUCCUAUGGAUACAUGCCAAGCGACGGUUUGAAUGGAGUGACUGUUUGAAUGGAGGCAGCCAGGACCCAAUCGUUUCACCUCUUUCUUCCAUUGUCUGGCCCCUACCACAUGGAGGGGGAAGCAAGAUGGCACCCAUGUGACGAGGGCACAACUCAUGGUGGCUGGUACCAGCAUUUCAAAGAGCAGCAGACUUUUUGUGAGUUUUCACUUGCAGUACGUGUAAAAUACAUUUUGCUGGAUGAUGUACACUUCCUAUCUGUACUUUGCAUUUGAGGAGACGGUAUCCAGGUUCACUUUUCAAAUGAAUGCAAAUAUAAUAAUUAAAACAUGCAACAUGACAACAUGAUGCUGGAAUAAAGCUAACAUCUUUCUAAUGAAUAAGGCUACAAUCUUUCAAGAACCCUUAAAGUAAUAAAAUGGGUUUUAGAGAGAGAAUGGCUACAAUUUCUUUCAGUCUUAAGAUGGUAUCAAGCUAUCAGGUCAGAAUUAGAUGUGCAUUUGAAACAUUUUAAUUAUCACUUUGGAAUCUCCCCUGCUUCCAUUAUUGUGCCUUAUCAUACUUGUUAUGUCACUCUGGUUAGGGUGCAAUACAAACUUGUCCAGCUCAACUAUACUCAACUAUAUUUUGAAUUUAGAUAUCCCCGCAAAUCCUUCUAAAGCUCAACAUGUAAAUGGAGCAUUUCCCUCCUGCCCUAGUAGUUUGAAUGCUGCUGUCAUGACCAUACUCAGUAGGGUUUCAGACACAAGGAAUCCUGAGACAUGAUUUCCAGAGUGCCUGAUGUCCACAUGAAGUGGCCCUGAGAAUUAAGACAUUUGCCUGAGAAUAUCUAAGAUGUCUGCCCCACCUCAGCUUGAAAUAAAACACAAGGCUUUGGGGGCUAGCUUAUUGGUUGAAGAGCUGUGUGUGUGUGUGUGUGUGUAGCAAGCCAGCCUUUCACUCAGCUUUUCAGCAACAUCCAUUCUUCUCUGGAGCAGCAUCCUUCCCUCCCUGUGUGUGUGGGCUUUGCUGGUCGUCCUCCAUAGUGUGUCUGUGUAUGGAGUUCUUUUUUCACAUGACCUGGAGGCUGUCCAGCUCAGGGAAUAAUGACUGAGGAAUGAACAGAGGAAUGCUUCCAACCUUAAAGAUUGUCCUGCUUGGAGUUGGGCAAGGCUUCCUCUGAUAUCCUGCCUUCCUUCUUAGCUAACUUUAGGGUCAGCUAACAAAGCACCAAAUGGUCUCAGCUGGGGUGUAAUCAUCCAUUCAAUUUAGGCUCAAUGCUCUCAGCUGAACCAUACCUUGAGAUGAAGAUUCUGCACUGGAGGAAGGGUGGAGCUCCAAUUUUUUUCUCCUAUUUUUUAUAAAAUAAAGUGGUGAUCCCACUUUAUUUGGUAGAGAUGGAAUCACUCAUGAACACUGACAAGGAGAUUUAUCAAGAGUUCCUGGAUGGAAACUGGGUCAUAAAUAAUAAUUCAAAAGUCCCUUUUUGUGCUACUGGUGUAGAACAUGCACUGGAGCACAUAAACUGUUCAAUGAAAGUAGCAGAUGGAGUGCUAGGCAUAAUUAUCCAGCUAGUUUUUCCUUAUCUCAUCAGAAUUAGCAAGGUUUGCUGGAGAAGUGCUAGCAGAUGGCUGGUUUGCCACACCAACCUGAUGGGGAUAAAAAAAGCUGUGUUUAAUGAAAAGCUGUGUUUUGCCCUUAGCACAAGAGAUGCCAUUUUGUUUUCUGUAAGAAACUGUUUUAAGCUAUUGGGGAAUAAAUGAUGAAGGAAUAAAAUGCAAGCAACGGAGUUUCAAAAUGACUUUAGAAGUAUUUCUGUGUCAAAACCGCAAACAAUUGGCUAGACGGAGCAGGAUGUGCUUUUGACAUUUGACAUAUAGGCAAUUGAGAAAUGCUUGAGUCUGCGAGACCACAAUAGGGAAAACGGGAAGUGGAGAACAGGUGGUGUGAUAACAUGUCUGGAGAAACAACUUAUUUGAAUAUAGCCAAUAGCAUUGAUUCUACAGAAAAGGGGAACUGAGGGAGGGGGCUUGUUGCUUGUCACUGCUUGUUGUCAGAGAGUAUAAAAAUUGCUUGUAACUUCUUCUGCGGGUGUGCCACUUCUUGGGGUGCGCACCCAGUAGCUUUGCUUGGCCAAAUAAAGAUACUGACCAGAA